AUGGACUCGGUUAUCGAAGUACAAAGGCAGACCCACGAGGAGAUAGAACGCUACGAAAGAGCUUUGUACCAGUUGCUGUCCAAGCCAAACCCAAACCACCAACAACGGCUGCAGACGGAACACAAAGCAUCUCAAAUCCUAGACCGUAUUGGCUCUCGCGUAACUGCUCUGGAUGGUCUCUAUCAGGACCAAGAUACUAGGAAUGCCGAGAUAGAAUCAUUGUCUGCUUCCUCAAAGCACGACGACCUAUCUGAGUUCUAUUCGCGGUUGGUGAAAAUCCAGGAGCACUAUGCCAAGUACCCUGACUCCGUAGCAGGGGGAUUUGAGUUGGAACUCGCGGCGUUUCUGGAGGAAGGACAGGAGGUCGAGGGAGAGGACGAAGACGAGGAGCAGGAAGACCCAAUCGCCCUGUUGUUCUCGGGUGAGGAAGCUUAUGGGAAAUACCUUGACCUGUACGCCAAUCAUAAUACUUACAACAACAUCAAGAAUGUUGGCAAACGACUUGGCUAUCUUCAGUACCUCGACAUUCUCAUUGCCGCCCAGAAUGGUCCUAUUCAUUCAGACUUGCCCAAAGAAGUUCGACUAUCAAGAGAUUAUGAGCUGACGCAACCUCUUGUGGACGUCGAUACAGCGCAAAAGGAAGCUGCAGAGGACUUCAAUAAGAAAUGGGAGGCGGGAGAGCUGUCGGAUUGGGAAGAAGCUCGUUCCAAAACCCAGCCAGAUGCCAAUGGCUCGGAAGGUGGUCAGAAACAUUACGCGAAGCAGACUGUCUAUGACGCUCAUCUGACCUCAAAGCGACACAUCAAGGCUACGGCCAAGCAAGCAACCGCUGAAGCGCCUCCACAAAAUCCCAAUGGUACGCGCUCCGGGUCUAUGCCGCCUCCCUCUUUGGUUCCCCAGAAGUCAAAUGCUGCAAAGCAUCGAUCUGCCGCGCUUUACACCUAUCUCUCGACUGCACUGUUGCGCUCGCUAAUUCCCACACUCAACGACACGAAGUCCAAUGUCGAGCGCAGAUUCUCUCUCACCGCUCGAGAACGUGAGCAAGAACUCGUCGAGCAAUCUAAGAAACCGGCUCCGCCACCCGCUGCCAAAGGCGAAGGGGAGGAGGAGGAAGAGGAAGAGCGGAUAUACAACCCCUUGAAACUACCCUUAGGAUGGGAUGGCAAACCUAUUCCCUAUUGGCUGUACAAACUUCACGGUUUGGGGGUUGAAUAUCGGUGUGAGAUCUGCUCGGAUCAUGUGUACAUGGGAAGGAAGAAUUUUGAGCGACACUUCCAGGAAUCAAGGCACGCUUUCGGAAUGCGAGCUCUUGGACUCCCGAAUACAAAGCACUUCCAUGAGAUUACUAGGAUUGAAGAUGCCCUGGCCUUGGCUGAACGAUUAAAGCGAGAAGGCCGUCAUGAAAUAUUCGAGCAAGAGACGAUGGAAGAACUCGAGGAUGAUGAAGGCAAUGUGUACAACCGCAAGACAUACGAAGAUCUGAAGAAGCAAGGCCUUAUCUAG